GAUGGCCAGGCUGCAGGCUUCAUCCAGGAGGCGGCAGGGACAUUAGCCGGGGGGUCUCACAGCUCACCCGCGGGCUGGGAGGAGCUGCGAGCGGCAGAACAGCCCCUGAAGCACGACCCAACCCCGCCCUCCGUGUAUGAGGCUGGGACGCAGUACGCAGGACCCGCGUCCACAGAGUCACUCCUUCCGAUGUCCCGGCAUGAGACUUCUCCGACAACGGUGCAACCCGCCAGCAACCACCGCCCCAACGCCUGCUGCUUCUGCUGGUGCUGCUGCUGCAGCUGCUCGUGGAAUGAGGACCGAGAGCGAGCAUGGAGGGCAUCCCGGGAGACCAAACUGGAGAGCAUCCCAAACUGUGAAGCGUGUGCCAAACCCACGCCAGAGGAGGUGCAGGGCUGGGCACAGUCCUUCGACAAGCUGAUGAAGAGCCCGGCGGGGCGCAACGUCUUCCGGGAGUUUUUGCGGACUGAGUACAGCGAGGAGAACAUGCUCUUCUGGCUGGCAUGUGAGGAGCUCAAAACCGAGUGCAACAAGCACACCAUCGACGAGAAGGCCAGGAUGAUCUACGAGGAUUACAUCUCCAUCCUCUCUCCCAAGGAGGUGAGCCUGGACUCGCGGGUGCGGGAGGUCAUCAACCGGAAGAUGCAGGAGCCGUCCUCGCACACCUUCGACGACGCACAGCUGCAGAUCUACACGCUGAUGCACAGAGACUCCUACCCCCGCUUCCUGAACUCUGCCAUUUACAAAUCGCUGCUCCAGACCGUCUCCCACUCCUCCUCGGAGUCCUAAGGGCACCCCCCAACCGUGGGGACACCAGUGGGGACAUGGUGGCCAGGGGCGGUCGGUGCCUCCUCCCCUCUGCCGCCCUCCUUGCCAGACCUCACCAAGUUUUUAGCUUUUUACCUAUGAACUGUCACCCCGGUGUCUGGGCCACACUCCAGGACUGUCCCCAGGACACAGCCUGGGCCAGCUCAUACUACUGAUUCUCUGCCCUGCCCCCAGCGCUGGCCAGGGCGAGCUGGGACAGUGCCUGGGGCCUGGCUCCCCCCACACCCUGUUGGGAAGAGGUCACUUUAUCC